UGCCUUACCCUAGAUUCUGCAGAAAGCAAAGCUGGAAAAAAAGGCCUAGUUUAUUGGGAAUGUAGUCCAGUGGUGUAGGACAGGGAAAUUGAGACAGGAAAGAAAGAAAAGCCAGUACAAGGGUGCUUUACCACGUUGGCUUUUGCUGCAGGCAACUGGUACUCAACCCCACUGGGACCUUCGGGAGAACCUCGUGAAAUGUCUCCUAGAACUCUCCACCUGGAAACUGUCAGCUUCCAACCCCCUCUGGUCAAGAAGUAGCCCCACGGGCACUAACUACCCCCAAAUUCCCAGGCUGCACAUGUUCAAGCACAAAACUUGCCAUGGUACCCCAUGCCAAAGCAACAGAGAAGCUCCAGGGGCAGAAGCAAACUGUGAAAUGUGCAAAACAGGUCGGCUGCACCAGCAUGAGUCAGCUGUUUACCUACAGAAUGCUCCAGAAUUCUAUACAGGGGUAGAAGGCUGAUUGAAACAGAAGGGGUGGGUGUGUACUAAAACCUUCUUCAUCCUACCCCUUGGUUCUAUCACUGUGCUCAUCUGAGGUGCCCUCAACCAUGGCUACAGUAACUGCAAUCCUGUCCAGCAUGGCUGCCGGAAGUCUCUUCUGUGAAGGUAGCUGAGGUGGAGGGGUGGGAGUGCAGUUAAGGGUGGCCUGUUGAGCCCAGCACUCUCCAAAAAGUGGCCACUAUAUAUGAGGUAGAUGGCCCACUCCUGCAGUGGCAGGGCCAUGAGUAGAGAGGGGUAACUCUGGGUGCUAAAACAAAACUUGAGACCGACACAGAAAAAACUGGCCCACAAAGCUCACAGUCUGUCUACCGCCAAAGCCAAUGGCUCCCCCAGGCUGCCCAAUGCAGUCUUCUCUCCCCUUGAGACUACUGGUUUGUGUGAGGUAGUGAGGGAGGGGCUGUGUGGUUGGUCUAGGCCACACCCUCUGAGGAGAUGCUGAUAAAAAGGGAAAGCUGAGCAAGCUUCCUCAAAUCAUACAUAGCACCCUACCCAUCCCUUGCUGUGACUUAAACAUUUCUGGUGAAGAACAUCAGAUCUUCUAGGGAGUAAAAGGAAGUUGGAAGAUAUAUCACCCAAAGAAAAACUGAGAAACUUGCCAUUAUUUUGGAGACAGCAAGAAAAGAACAUCUCAGAACUGGGGCCUCAUCCUUUGAUUUUUUUAACACAAGAGAAAAAGAGCAAUUGUUUUUCAGCAGCAAAAGCCAUGGAUCACGCAGCAAAGUGGAAAACACCACUACUGAAGCACCCAUAUCCCAAGCUCUUUCCGCUCUUGAUGCUAGCUAGUCUUUUUUACUUCUGUUCAGGUAUCAUCCAGGUGAACAAGACAGUGGAAGAAGUAGCAGUACUAUCCUGUGAUUACAACAUUUCCACCAAAGAACUGACGGAAAUUCGAAUCUAUUGGCAAAAGGAUGAUGAAAUGGUGUUGGCUGUCAUGUCUGGCAAAGUGCAAGUGUGGCCCAAGUACAAGAACCGCACAUUCACUGAUGUCACCAAUAACCACUCCAUUGUGAUCAUGGCUCUGCGCCUGUCAGACAAUGGCAAAUACACCUGUAUCAUUCAAAAGAUUGAAAAAGGGUCUUACAAAGUGAAACACCUGACUUCGGUGAUGUUAUUGGUCAGAGCUGACUUCCCUGUCCCUAGUAUAACUGAUCUUGGAAAUCCAUCUCAUAACAUCAAAAGGAUAAUGUGCUUAACUUCUGGAGGUUUUCCAAAGCCUCACCUCUCCUGGUUGGAAAAUGAAGAAGAAUUAAAUGCCGUCAACACAACAGUUUCCCAAGAUCCUGAAACUGAGCUCUACACUAUUAGCAGUGAACUGGAUUUCAAUAUGACAAACAACCAUAGCUUCCUGUGUCUUGUCAAGUACGGAAACUUAAUAGUAUCACAGAUCUUCAACUGGCAAAAAUCAGAGCCACAGCCUUCUAAUAAUCAGCUCUGGAUCAUUAUCCUGAGCUCAGUAGUAAGUGGGAUUGUUGUGAUCACUGCACUUACCUUAAGAUGCCUAGUCCACAGACCUGCUGCAAGGUGGAGACAAAGAGAAAUGGGGAGAGCGCGGAAAUGGAAAAGAUCUCACCUGUCUACAUAGAUUCUGCAGAACCACUGUAUGAGCAGAGCGUCUGGAGGUCCCACCUCCAUCUUAGAUUGACCUCUUUGAAUUUCCUCAGAUGGCCAGGAUUAUCCCACCUUGUACUUCAUGUAUCUGUUUUCUAGGAGCCUCUUCAUUUCAGUGGCUCUGCAGAAAGUGACUAGUGGGAUACAGUGGGAACAUUAGUAGCUCUGGUAGGCUUGGUCAAAGAAUUUAGAAACACAGAAUUGCUUGAGCCUGGAAGAGACAUUUGAAAAUACUUGUUAAUGACAAGGACAUCAAGGCCCAGGAGGUGACCUGAAUGAUCAAGGCCAGAGCCAGAACCCAGAUUUCCUGUGUCUGGUGCUCUUUUCCAUCAUCAGUCUGGGUCUGUGGUAUUAACUGGUGUAUAUAUACAUACACACCAGUCACAACGUUUCUGGAAAAAGAAUUUGUUCAAUGUCAGGCCAACUUUAUGGACUUGAUCUGACGCAACACUGGAGGACUUUAUGUUGUAAAAAGCAAUCUGAUGCUAAUGUGUGGGUAGUAUGCUGGUAUGUAUACUAAUAUGAGGAUGAUGGAACAUUGUCUAUGUGUAGCCAGUAUUUCAUUUUCCUUUGUGCUCUCCUCUGUUGCUCUCCCACUUCUCUAUCAGGUUCUGGAGAAAGACCUAUCCAAAACUAAUAUCCUGUGAUGUGUAAGAUGAAUGACUUAUACACUUCAAAACAAUAGCCAGGUUGGAGAGGGAUAGUCACAUCCUACUGGUUCAUAUUGGACUGAUAAUCUCCUUAAAUGGCUUCAUGUUGUUUAACCUCAUUUAUAAAAUAUUUAUGAGAAAGUUCUCAUUUAAAAUGAGAUAGGUUUUUAUUGUGUAUUACUAAACAGUAAGCUAUCUUUAGAAAUUGAGGUAAUGAAAGUAGCAUUCCAUAGAGCUUCCUCAGAUCACUAAAGUGGCUUUUCCUCCUUGGCGUUUCUGAUCCUUCUGACAUCAGCAGAGAAUUGAAAAGAAGUGGCAAACUGCUACUCUUGUGUUACUUAAUCAUGACUCCCCUUUCUCUGACGUUGCCUUCCACAACUCAGUGGACCAGGAAGUGGUCCUUGGUCCUAACUUAAGCUGGAGGCAGAUAUUCUCAUUUGAAAAUUUGAAGUUGGAUAGCAAGUUGACCAAGUAUCUCAAAUAUGGCUAGAUUUAAAACAUUUAAUUUUGGUAGCUAUAAAAGGACUGAAUUAUGCUAUAUAGUCUAAGAAACAGAAGUACACUUUUAAAUGGUUGCUCUCAGAAGAAAAUCACGGAAGAAAUAAAAGUAGGAGACUGACAAAGACUUUAAGCAAAAAAAACAAAAAAAAAAGGGAGUUGCUGCAUUUGGUUAAGAUUAAUAAUCCUUAGACAUGAUCAAAAGGAGACCUCAAGAAGUAGUCACAAAACAGAAGACACCUAAGAGAGCUUAUUUAUAUUUAAAAUAAGUUAUAUUGUUACUUAUUACAUUUGAUAAAUGUGUCAGUACUAUUUUUUUCAAAAAGUGGUUAUUUUACCUCUAUUCUGAUAUUUUUGUGAUACUAAAAAAAUUAUUUUAAAAACCAACCACCUAGUUUUAUAAUUUCUAGUUGGGAGAAUUUAAUCUAUAUGUGUAUAUGAAUAAAGCAAUAAAGAGAUUGACUAACUGCCAA